CUUGAAGUGCUCUAUGUUCGUGCACUAAUUUUGUACUUAAUACAUUAAAAAAAAUCUUACUUUUUCAACUUUUUAAGGUGUACAUAUUUGUGCUAUUUUGAGACGUCAUGAAUAUGAAUUAAAAUGCGCUAAAAAUGUAUUUAAAAAAAAUUAUUUUAAGUACCACUUGAAACCAUCUUAGUGUUAACUAAACAUUUUUUUAAUACAGAGAUCGAAUGUUAAAAGUGCAUUUUUCUAAAUAUUCAUUAUGUCUCAAAAUAGCACAAAUAAGUAGACGAAGUACUGAGUUAUAAGUACACAGAUAAUCUUUAAGAUUAAUUUUUAGUAUAUUAAGUACAAAAUGAGUGCAUUCUGAAAGGCUACAACUUCCACCUGGGCUAACAUAACUACACCCGGAACUGUAAUUUGAGGAUUAAGUUUCCACCCGAACCCUUCAUGCUGACACACAAGCGGUGCGUGUGUUUUUGAUACUGAGACCGGUAAGUAAUUUAUGUUUUGCCUAAUUGCGGCUAUUAAUCUUUUAAGUUGAAACGUAGUUUUGUAAAAAAGCGGCGAGUCCAAUUGAAACGUAGUUCAGCGCGUUUAAACUCGAGGCUCAAUUUAUACGUGAACAUAAAGACGUCACGUGUGUGUGUAACUUAUGUGUAGCUCUUUUAAUUGUUGCUCGCUUUUACGAAAAUGUACCAUUCUUUUUUACUAUAAAUAAAGUAAAAAAUGAAAACAUGGUGUUAGACAUUUACUAUAAUUAAAAACAUGGUUAAUAGCUUUCGUGGGUCUAGUUUCACAAGUGUUUGUGUGUGUGUCACAGAGAUGCCAAAGAAAGGAAGAAAAUUGAAUAAAUGUGAUGGACAGCAGGAGGAGGUGCCUGUCAAACAGAAGAAAUCUUCAGCUGCUUCUGGUCCUCUGUGCUUUGAUUCGCCGCGUGAUUUCUUUCAGAGUCUCAUCAGUCCGAUGAGUGUGGAUGAGUUUUUCCAGCAGUACUGGGAGCAGAAACCUUUAGUCUUACACAGAUCAGAUGCUGGACUUGCCUCAUAUUACCGCUCUCUGUUCCAGCUGUCUGAUCUACAGCAGCUUUGCUCUCAUGGGCUGCAGUACGCCACAGACCUUAAUGUCUGCCGCAGCAUAAAUGGUGAGAAGAAAGUCCUGAAUAAAGGUGGACAAGUCAAGUUUAGCCAGCUGAAGAAGGACUUUGAGCAAAAGAAGGCAACCAUACAGUUUCACCAGCCACAGAGGUUUAAGGAUGAGUUGUGGCGCGUUCAGGAGCGUCUGGAGUGUUUCUUUGGCUCUCUAGUCGGAUCUAAUGUGUACAUCACGCCUGAGGGGUCUCAGGGUUUGCCACCACACUAUGAUGAUGUUGAGGUUUUCAUUCUUCAGCUUGAGGGACAGAAGCACUGGAGGCUUUAUAAACCCACUGUCCAUCUCGCCCGCGAGUACAGCCUAGAGCAAGAGGAACAUAUUGGCACCCCCACGCAUGACUUCUUACUGCAGGCCGGUGACUUGCUGUAUUUCCCAAGAGGAACCAUCCAUCAGGCGAACACACCUUCAGGUGUGGAUCAUUCCACACACCUCACUCUCAGCACUUACCAAAACAUGUCAUGGGGUGACUUCAUGCUAGAUGUGUUUCCUAGUUUCAUGUUUGAUUCCAUGAAAACUGACGACAGAUUGCGCUGCGGUCUGCCACGAAACCUCCUUACUUGUCCAGCCUAUGGUCCUGAAAUUAAUAAACAGGUAUGCGUGUUUCUGCGGCAUUUGGCUGAUAAUCUAGAGAAGGAAAACAAGGAGUUACGUUGCACUGAUAUGAAGAGAGAUUUUAUCUCCAACAGACUCCCGCCUUACCUGUUGGACCAGACUGAUGUUGAGCCAAGUGGGAAAAUGCCAUCGUUAGAGGAUACGGUCUCUAUAAGGUUUAAGGAGCAUCUUCUUCUAACAGUGGAGCACAGUCAAGACAACACUGAUAAAGCCACAGAGUUGGUCGUGUUUGUGUUACAUUCUUUAAAAAACAAGAGAGAAACUCACAUGAUGGGAACGUCUGAGGAGGAGGAUGAACAGGGUUCACAGUUUCAGGGUCUGCGGUUUCCGUUGACGCAUCUCGCUGCCCUGAAGCAGCUGUUUAGCUUGGAGCGCGUCGCUGUGGCAGAUCUGCAGCAGAUACAGGAUGAAGAUAAGCUGGGACUCACGCUUGGACUCUGGAGCGAAGGGUUACUGCGUGUUUGUUAAAUAUCUUGACUCAAUGCUGCAAACUUAUUGCGCAGGUUCAUUGGUUAUUUGUUUCCUGUGAACAAUUUACACAGUUCAGCCAAACCAUCUGUCUGUACCAAUGAAACAGGACCUUUUGUUAAGUCUAAACAUCUGACAUGUGUGAUGAAGGGUGGCCAUUCGUGCCAGUUCCGCCGGACACGUCCCGAACAUGUUUUCGGGUUCGUUCUCCGGAAGUCGCUUUGCUCGACCGCAUACGUCAUCGAGGUUCUCACAUUUCAGAUAAAAUACAUUAGAAAAUUAAGAUUUAUUUCUUUUAAGACAUACAAUCAUUGUAGUUUCAUACUUACCUUGAAAUGUAACGGUUGCUUUUCUGAAAUUAAACCCAAAAUAUUAAACCUUGAUGAUAUAUGCGGUCGAGCAACGCGACUUCCGGAGAACGAACCCGAAAACAUGUU